AUGGCAUGGAACUGUUUCGUGAUAUGUCUCAAAGAGGAUUGGUUGGCGAACACAGUCACUUACAACACUCUUAUCCAAGGGUUUUUCCAAGCUGGAGAUUGUGAGAUGCCCAACAAGUUUUCAAACAGAUGGUUUCUUGGUGUGCCUCCUGAUAUUUGGACAUACAACAUUUUGUUAGAUGGGCUCUGGUUGUGCAAGGCUGGGAAGGUGGAAGAUGCGUGGAAGUUAUUUGUAGCCUCAGUCAAAGGAGUGAAGCCUGAUGUUGUAACAUACACUACAAUGAUCUCGGGAUUCUGUAGAAAGGUUUAA